UUUUUUUUUUUUGUUUAAAAUGAGUAGUCAACAGUUACCUUUGACAGUCCAAGACGAUAUUCAAGCAAAGACAAGACAACCAAAGCAAGGAAUAUCAACUUAUUUUAACCCACGUCGGAUAAGACUUUGGAUACUUUUGGUGUGUGUAUUUAUGUCAACUGUAGCAUUGAUGAAAUAUAGUGGAACCUAUCAGCACAUAAUUACGGAGGAUGAAGUUAUUUUAAGCAAAAAGCUAAGUUUAAAAGAGGAAAUUAUUCAUGAUAUCAAUAGUCAUCCUUUGAUUGUCUAUUCAAAGACGUAUUGCCCAUAUUCACAAAAGGCAAAGAAGAUCCUAAAAGAAUACAAAUUGAAGCCAUUCAAGAUUGUCGAAGUUGAUAAACGAGGUAUAAAUAUAGACAGAGUGUGGGGAAAAGAGAGAGAGGUCUUUGAAAACGAUGAGCCACAGUGAUCGCUGCCAUUCCUACACGGAUCGAUUUCUCGUGUCAUGAUCGACCACGUAUGCUAUUCUAAAUAUAAAGACCUUUUUUUUCUUUCCCUUCUAAAAAAUGAUAAAUAGACUCUAAAUAUUUAUCCAUUAUAGAUGAUGACUAUGAGAUCAAAA